CCCUCGUCCACCUCGUCACCACCUCACCUUCAAAAGCAGUACAACGCCCAUCCUCCAUCGCCUCAAUCAUCUCGCAAGCUUCGAUCCAGUGUCCACCAGACGUAGUCGCAGCUUGACAUCUCCACAACCCCGCCGCCAUCAUGAGUUCCGAUCUUUGUCCCGUGUAUGCCCCAUUCUUCGGAGUGAUGGGUUGCACGAGCGCCAUCGUCUUCACCUGCUUCGGUGCUGCCUACGGUACCGCAAAGGCCGGCGUCGGUAUCUCGGCCAUGGGUGUCCUCCGACCUGACCUCAUUGUCAAGAACAUCAUUCCCGUCAUUAUGGCUGGUAUCAUUGCCAUUUACGGCCUGGUCGUCAGCGUCCUCAUCUCCAACAGCUUGGAGCAGCAGCUUCCUUUGUUCACCGGGUUCGUUCAGCUCGGUGCUGGCUUGUCUGUCGGCCUGGCUGGUCUGGCAGCUGGGUUCGCGAUUGGUAUUGUGGGUGAUGCUGGUGUUCGUGGAACUGCACAGCAACCUCGAUUAUUCGUCGGAAUGAUUUUGAUUCUCAUUUUCGCCGAAGUCUUGGGUCUCUACGGUCUGAUUGUUGCCCUGCUCAUGAACUCGUCCACCAGCAAGGCUACAUGCGGCUAGAUUCGAUCUGGGCGAACACAGACUACCCUGGGCCCCGUCUCUGAUGACGAGAGAGCAGAGGUUGGGUGGUUCAAAAAGGAGGAAUAGAUGGAAGGAGGUGGGGGUGAGGAUACACGUGUGAGGGGCGGGAUGCUGUUGCGCGUGCAAUCGUAUCCUGCUGCAUGGAGCUGUACAGUCGUAGCCGGCGUUUCUUCUGGGCUAAGUAGGGGUGUAUGUAUCAGGUGACUCGUACUGCGUUCGCGUCGGUUUUGUCUUUGAUCUCUCCA